AUGCGGUUCUUUGCUCUGGUCCUGGCCUCCCUCGCCGCUGCCAUGGUUCGGGCAGGGCACCCAUCCUCGCCACCUGUGGUGGACACCGUCCAUGGCAAAGUCCUGGGGAAGUUUGUCAGCUUAGAAGGAUUUGCACAGCCUGUGGCUGUUUUCCUGGGAAUCCCCUUUGCCAAGCCCCCUCUUGGAUCCCUGAGAUUCGCUCCUCCACAGCCUGCGGAGUCCUGGAGCUUCGUGAAGGAUGCCACCUCUUACCCUCCAAUGUGCUCCCAAGAUGCAUUUUCAGAAGAGAUGACCUGGCAAUUCAUUACCAACAGAAAUGAGACCAUUCCUCACAAGUUUUCUGAAGACUGCCUCUACCUAAACAUCUACACCCCCGCUGACUUGAGGAGGAAAAGCAGACUACCGGUAAUGGUAUGGAUCCAUGGAGGUGGUCUGAUGAUGGGUGGCGCAUCAAUGUACGAUGGGCUAGCCUUGUCUGCCCAUGAAGAUGUGGUGGUGGUGACCAUUCAGUAUCGCCUGGGGAUCUGGGGAUUCUUCAGCACCGGGGAUGAGCACAGCCCGGGGAACUGGGGUCUCUUGGACCAAGUGGCUGCACUGCACUGGGUCCAGGAGAACAUUGCCAACUUUGGAGGGAACCCAGGCUCAGUAACCAUCUUUGGAGAAUCUGCAGGAGGUGCAAGUGUCUCUGUUCUUGUUUUAUCUCCUCUGGCCAAGAACCUCUUCCACCGGGCCAUUUCUGAGAGUGGCGUGGCCCUCUCUAUUGUUUUAGUCAAGAAUGAAAGCAGGUCAGCAGCUGAGGUAGGUCUCACUUUGGACAUCUGCCUGAACCUGCCUGGUCUCCUGGAAUCUCAGGGGUCUUUCUUGCCAAGGACUCAACUUACGUUGUCGAAGAAUUAUGGAAGCGAGAACGGCUAAGUAGGACAGACAACAAGACACCUUACUCAAGGUAUUAGUUUGCUAGUGCUGCCUUAACAAAACAUGCCACAAAAAAAAAACAGGUGAUAUUAAGGAACAUGCGUU